AAGUCUAGACGGUAAAAAGUUCUGUUCAACCAAUUUAAAUUUUUAAUGUUUGAAAUUAGAAAUAUAAACCUGUUGACUGCUGCUCAAGUUUUACAUUACACUAAAGGUACCCUAUAAGGGUUAGUAAAUGCUCCUUGAUCAUAACUGACACUACUAUGAAGGAAUCAAGUCUCCCUUUUGUAAUUAGUAUAUUUCGUAUUUUUGUUCAUAUUUAGGACAUGAUAGAAUCUUAUCAAUUUAAAUUGAGAUAUACAUCAAAGGGACCACAGAUGGAUGUAUUCAGGUGAAUAGCUACAGAAUUAAUUCUAUGAAAGACAAACAAAACAUUAAAAAAGGAAAAUAAGAUCUUAAGAUGUGAUUCACUGAACAAUUAAUCUGUGCUUUAUUCAGCAGCAUUUAUGCACACAAUUUGAAUGUAUUUUUUAAAGUGAUUUGUAAGAAAGGUUUGAGCAAAAAUGUUAGAAUAAUACCAAUAUGCCAUACUGCUUACCUACAGCAUACACUGUAAAUUUACUUAGUUCUCCCUUCUAAAGUUAUUGCAAGUGACAAAUAUUUUGAUUUCACCAGUUCAAGAAAGACUGAAACACCUGACUUACUUCUUGCAAAUAGUGAUCUUCUGUAUGAUAAAAUAUGUAUCUGUAUUCUAGAAUGUUUUACUUUAACCUGUAUAUAAAGAAUUUUAAAUGUCAGAUAAAUCCUUACAACUCCUUACUUAUUUUUCCCUUAGCAAUAAGAAAACUAAUGUAACAAAUGAUACAACAGAAGACAUAAAGAGGACCUGUCUUCUUCUAAUUCAUAACCUCUAUUUUCUGAUGGAAAAUAUUGUUUCUCUUCCUUAUGAUGUCUCUCUCACUAUGAAGCUAUUUUAUUAUGCAGAUGGCAAGAUUCUCUCGGGUGUGUGUUUGUUUUUAAUAGUGACCCCUCCAGAAUACCAGCCUCCUGGCUUUAGAGAGGGAGAGUCAGAGUUUAUCUUAUUCGAAGGCAUACCUGUGCUUGUGAAGGUGGGAGAAAUAGAAACAUCUUUCCAUAUGUUAAAGCUGAAGAUUAUUAAAAAGGAGGAGAGGAUAGAUUCAAUGGAUAUACAUGGUAUCCUGAAAGAAUGUAGAGAAGAUGCAGAGAGAGAAAAGGAACAGAGGCUGGAUCCUUUAGGAGAAUACAUUAAUACAGAAUAUGAACCACCAGGAUCUGAAGAGGAAUUUGUUGAUAAAUGCCACAAGGUCAAUGAUGAAGCUACAAGAAAAAGGAAGAUAUCAAAGAAAAAGAAGAAUAAAUAAGGAAUUUAUGCAUGUGCAAGUACUUUGAAUUCAGUUAAGCCCACAAGAAGUAUUUUGGUUGCUUGAAAUAUACUGAAGAGAUUUUUAUUUUCAAACUGAAGAAGGAAUUUAGUUCAAGCAGCUGUUUUUAAAUCUUUUCAGUCUCCAAUUCUAAUAUACUCAGACUGUUUUUAAAGGGAAAAAGUAACUUAUUUUAUGAACAUUUAUAAAUAAAAGGUGUUAUGAAAAAAUAAAUUUAUCUACAAAAUACAACUGAACAGCUAGGCUUGGUGUUUUUCAUUACUGAAUUUUAAGUGCUUCCAUUAAAUUUGACAUUUGAAAUCAGCUAACUACAUUUUCAUGGUGGUGUCCAAGAAUGAUUCAUUCCUCACCUUGCCCCAACAGGUCAGACUCUGCCCUACAGGUCUUAAAGUUUCACAGUGGGGUUCCCUUUAAUCCCCUAUAUAUAUAUAUAUAUAUUGAACUUUUAUUUACUUCUGUAAGACUGUCUUGGUGUUGUACCCCCAUCUAGCAGGAAGGGAAAGUGACCACCUACAACAGUGAUGCUCCA